GACAAUCCUGAGGAUAUGGGUACCAUUGACAGCUGUGAGUACAUCUGGGAGGCAGGUGUGGGGUUUGCCCACUCUCCUCCACACAGCACGUUUCAUGAUCAGAAUAGGACAGAGCUUCUGAAGCUGCUUCUGACCUGCUUCUCAGAGACCAUGUAUCUUCCACCUGUAGCUGAUGCUCAUGUGUUACCCAAUCAGUGGAUUCAGUUCUUUACAUCUACAGAAAACAGGCACGCUCUUCCACUGUUCACAUCACUUCUGAACUGCUUAUGUUCAUAUGACCCUGUUGGAUAUGGUGUACCCUACAACCAUCUGAUGUUCACCGAUUCCCGGGAGCCACUUGUGGAAGUCGCAUUGCAGGUGCUUUGUGUGACCAUGGAGAAUGAAGCUAACACCCAGGCUGUGUCCGUGGAUGGUACAAGCGGUGGGACAGCAAUGGAUCAGACUGCAGAGGGCAGAGGCUCGGACAAUCUGUUCUUGAACUAUUUGUCAAGAAUCCACAGAGAAGAGGACUUUGCUUUUAUCUUAAAAGGGAUCACUCGCCUGCUAAAUAACCCACUCCAGCAGACAUACUUGCCAGGUUCAUGUAAAAGGAUUCAGUUCUACCAGGAGUUGCUCGUUCUCUUUUGGAAGAUGUGUGACAUUAACAAGAAAUUCAUGUUCUUUGUGCUCAAGAGCAGUGAUGUGUUAGACAUUCUUGUGCCCAUCCUGUACAAUUUAAAUGAUGCAAGAGCAGAUCAAUCUCGUGUUGGUUUAAUGCACAUUGGAGUGUUCAUUCUGCUGCUUCUUAGUGGAGAAAGAAAUUUUGGAGUCCGUCUGAACAAACCUUACUCAGUUCGAGUGCCAAUGGACAUUCCCGUGUUCACGGGCACCCACGCUGACUUCUUGAUUAUAGUAUUUCACAAAAUUAUAACCACGGGACACCAGCGUCUGCAGCCUCUCUUUGAUUGUUUAUUGACGAUCAUUGUCAAUGUGUCACCCUACUUGAAAACCUUGUCCAUGGUGGCUAGCACAAAGUUACUUCACUUGCUGGAGGCGUUCAGCACACCAUGGUUCCUGUAUGCCAGUGCAACAAACCACCAUCUUGUUUUCUUCUUGCUGGAGGUGUUCAAUAACAUUAUCCAGUACCAGUUUGAUGGUAAUUCUAACCUUGUCUACACCAUCAUCCGCAAGAGGAAUGUUUUCCACCAGCUGGCAAAUCUUCCCGUCGACCACUCUGCCAUAGCCAAGGCCAUGACCAAGCGUGGGAAGAAGUUUGCAGCGCCUCCACAGGACACACGAGACCCUCAGACGAUGGAAGGGGCACAACCAGCUUUAGAAGCAGAACCUGGCACACUCAAAGUCUCACUGGCUGCGACACCUAGAAUUGAUAAGAUGACAGAAAAGGCGGCUCCAGACGAUGGCCAUUGUCAGGCUACUUUGAAAGAGCUGGCAGAAGAUAUGAGCUCUCAUAAUGCUCAGCCCGCUGGGGAUAUGGAGGAGACUGCACAAGUUGUUAACAAGGAAAAUUCACAUGGAAUUUCUGGGCUUUCCACUUCCAGUCCUCAGCCACCUACAUUGAACAGCGAGCCACUUCCACCACAGUCACCCACAACACCUGAACCUGUACCUAAAACACCCACAGAGUCCACACGACCUGCUGCCAGAACAUCAGUUGUACAGUGGGUGGCUACUCCAGAAUGGGUCCAAUCAUGGAAACAGAAGUUGCCACUGCAAACAAUCAUGAGAAUGCUUCAGGUCUUGGUCCCACAAGUGGAAAAAAUCUGCAUUGAUAAGGGUCUUACUGACGAAACAGAGAUCUUAAAGUUUCUUCAGCAUGGAACUCUAGUGGGUCUGCUGCCAGUUCCACAUCCAAUUUUGAUCAGAAAGUAUCAGGCUAACAGUGGCACCACCAUGUGGUUCCGCACUUACCUAUGGGGUGUUAUUUAUCUCAGAAACGUGGAUCCCCCUAUCUGGUAUGAUACAAAUGUCAAGUUGUUUGAGAUCCAGAGAGUCUGA